AUGAGAAAGUUUUUGUAAAAUUUAAAGUCAGCUUCAAAUGUUUAAGGCACUAUAGCAAUUAAGAAUAGUAAAGGAGAAUGUUAAUUGCAUGACAUUACUCGUUUAAAAAAUAUAAAAGCAAAUGAGUUUUGUGUUUCAUGCGAAUUAGAAAUGUGCUACAUAUGUUCUCAUAAACAUAUUACUAAUCACUGCGAUGUUUCUUGGGGUGAGGAUUCUUACAAAAAAUAUAAUUUGGCACCAAAAAGCUAGAAAAAUAAAGAUUAUAAUUGUGGUCAUUUGGCUAAGUUACACUUACAGAAUCUGAAAUGUCCUUGUGGAAAGCCUAUAGAACAUGAAAUGAAUGCAGGAAUAUGUGCAGCUUGUAGCACAGCAACAUGUUCUAAAGAAUGCCAUGAUAAAUAUGCAAAGGAAGUAAAUGAAUGCACUUUCCAUCAUAAUUUUACUGUUGAUAUGCCUAACUAAACUCUGAGAUCUAUAUUAUUCAGAAAUGCUUACUAUUUAUUUGAUAAUGGAUAUGGAAUGGGAACUCCUAUUUCUAAAACUUCUAAAUUAUUUACAACUGGCUAUUUAAGCGAUAAAAGAGACAGUAUUUAUUUACAAAGAGGAUUCCGUAUUUAUGGUAAUCCUGCUGAAGAAACCUUACAUAAUUUAGAAGUAUUCAGUGAUGAUAAUAUAGAUUAUGUAACACAUACCGAUAGAGUUUGCUUAUGUUCUUGCAAUGUUUGUAAGCCAAGAAGUAUACAUUCAGUAGAAAAUUGUUCUAUCAGAUGCCAAUCUAAAGAAGCACUAAUUAAAUAAGAAGUCAAUAUGUCUUAAGGAGGUUUGUUUGACGAAUGUCACUGCACUUGUAAAUUUUGCUCAUCAGGAAUACUCAAGUUGACUCACAAUAGAGUUCAGUGUCUUUUCCACUGCUAAAACUCCUCUUUCCAAAUUAGCUAAGACUGA